GACUUUUAAAAAGUGUAAUUUGGGCUAAACUGAAAAGUAAAAAAGAGGAGGCAAAAAAGCCAAAUAAACUCUCUAGACAGAGAGUCUCUCAGCUUUUAGAGAGAGAGAAAAGGUUCCUCAAUGACGAACACCGAAGAAGAGAAUUCUCUGGCAUCAUCACUCCGACUAGAAGCAGUGAAGUUCCUGAUCCAAUGUGCCGAACAACUCAAACUCUCUCCCAUCGUCAAAUACUCUGCUCUCUCUCUAUUCGCUCUUCGCUUCAUCUCUUCUCUCUCUUCAUCCCGCCAUAAUCAUUGGCUACUCAAAAAACCCCUGAAUUUCCCGCAUUUGCAGCUUUUCUCUCUCAUCUCGCUCUGGAUUGCCAGCAAAACCUACGAUUCUCCUCCUCUCUCUCUCAAAUCCCUAAAAUCAAUUGGCGAUCAAUUCAUCAAAGAUCAGCAUUUCACUAAAACCGAUUAUUUAGACGCUGAAAUCGUCUUCUUGCGAUCGUUGAAUUUUGAAGUCGGAACGAUGAAGAACUCAACAUUUUUGGUGCUCCAAGAGUUGAUGAUGAAGCUUAAGGAAGUGGCUAAGGUUGGGGAAAUGGUUAGCUUUGAGGCGUGUUGCGAUGUUAUGGAUUUGAUUUACGAGAGCGAUGAUAUUUCGCGGAUGUUCGUGGAAUCUCCGGUGUAUCUUGCGGCGGGGGUGUUGGUCGCGGUGUAUUCGAUGACCGUGCCGAAGCAACGAUGCGAGUUUCCGGUGGUUGGUUGGGUGAAUUUCGUGACGGGUUGUAGGGAAGAGGAUGUGGUGUUGGUUGUCAAACUCAUUCUUCAGCACGUCGUUGGGUAGAUGAGUUUCAUGUAUUGCGUUUGUAUUUGGUCAUUCGUGCGUUGUUCCCGCCAAAUAUUGAAAACGGAAACAUAUAUUUUUUUAAAAAAAAUUUCUGACUCCAUUUCGAGAACUCGUAGUAAGAUGAUUUUUCCGUUGGGUAGAUGAGUUUCAUGUAUUGUGUUUUUAUUUGGUCAUUCGUGCGUUGUUCCCGCCAAAUAUUGAAAAUGGAAACAUAUUUUUUUU